GUCCCCGCCGCGGCCGCCGAUUCGCGUCUGCUUCCACUUCCGAGGUCACCAGGGAAGACACGGGAAGGAAAUGUAAAAGCGGUCGGCAGAGGUGCAAGCCAGUCCUGCAGGCUAAGUCGAACCAGAGGAGGUGGUCCUGGGGAACCGCUGGCUCCGCCCUUUAAAGGGCCCUUUGCUGCCGCCCUCCGCGGGCUGAAGUGGAGGCCCCGAAGGUUGCUCCACCGAAAGCGAAGCAGGCGGGCGCUGCAGCAGCGCCUGCGGGCUGGGAGCACGUUCUCAGGGUUCCUCUGGCUGUGUUCUUGGGCUUUGCUGAGACCAGGAGAUAGAGGAAAGCCACCUAGCCCAGUCUGUUUCCCUUGCAGACAAAACCAGGGAACGUAGAGGAACCACCGCACUGACCCCUUCCCUGCUGCCUGCAACAAGGACAGAGGCCCUUUGGUAUCAUGCGGGGUGGAGCGGAGGGGAGGACGCCUCGGGCCUGCCCCCACCCUGGACCUCCUUCGCUGCCCCUUCUUUCCCAGCAACCCUCGGCCCCCGCAGCGCCUGACCCAGCUGGCGAACUGCCUUGUAUAACUGUAGCUCCCACGGCCCGUAUCCGCCCCUCUGGAUGCAGCUCUCAGGCCCCGUCACGAAGCGGGGCCGGAGGACUGGGAGAGUGGCUCCGCUGGGCUUAGGACCCGAGCGGAGUGCCAAAAAACACAUCCCUCAUCUGCUUGCUUCUUUGCACCUCGUUUGCAUACCAAGAGGUUUGGUCGACGCUGACAAGCGCCCCCGCCCCCAAGCAGACCCGGCUUGGGUACCCUCUCUGUCGGCCCCCUGCUCUGCAAACGCCUCUACGUUAGUCCCCCUUCCAGACCCCUGUCUUGCUCCGCAAGUUUUUCUACCCAUGAGCCCCCGGCCGGCGCCCCAGACCAGUAAGAGCCCCUUCCCGGGGUCCCCGAUCCGGACCACCAAGUUCUCCCGGAGACAAUGCUCCAAUUCUCGGGGAAGUGGGAGAAACCAAGCCGGAGUAGGGGAACGCCGGGACGCCAGGGGGACCCGAAAGCUUCGAGUUGCCGAGUCAGCGCAUGGGCGUGCAGAGACCAUUCCCCAAACCUCCUGUGGGUCCCCCAAAACCCCUCCCGGCUAUGGCUGGGGGUCUCUGAUCCCAGCCUAGAGCAGUAGGCGAACUGGGUCCCCCCCCCACACACACAGGGAAAAGAUUUGGAGGGUCCCGCCCCGUGAUGUCACCCCCACACACACACCCUGUCCCCUUCCUCCACCCCCCAAGCUGGUUGCUUUUAGCUCACUGGGGCUUGGGCUGCGAUACGACUUGCAAGAGUUUAGGGGGCAAAGAACAGAGUGGCCCUAGGGGUGCCCACGCCCGACAGCCGCCCGGACGCCUAAGACUCUGGGCAGGGAUGCAGCUGGUGGUCUAGGGAAGCACGUCUACCCCCUCCUUUCCUCAGCCCUGACAGGGUGGUUUCCCAGCCCCCUCAAGACAUUCAUGGAUGGAUGAGAGGAGCUGAUACUGACCUUCCCCUCUGUGACCACCUUCUCUUCGGCCAUGGAGGAAGCCUUGCUGCCCCUGGCCAUGACCUCUGACCCCAGGCCCUUUAAUCAACAACUCCCAGAGCCUCCAGACCUGAGAUGUGUCUUGCAACCCCAGGACAGUCCUGACCUGGCACCUGCCCUGGUGUGUGCCCUUGGCUGCUGCUUUGGAAUCAUCUACUGCUGCUUCGGCUACCGCUGCUUCAAGGCGGUGAUGUUUCUCUCAGGCCUGCUGUCAGGAGCCCUGGUGAUCUUCCUUCUGUGCCAUAAGGAGCGAGUGCUAGAGACACAGCUGAGUCUGGAGGUGAGCGCGGGCAUUGCGCUCGGCAUCGGACUCCUCUGCGGCCUGGUCACCAUGCUGGUUCGCAGUGUCGGGCUCUUCCUGACUGGUCUCCUACUAGGCCUAACCCUGGGAGCCGGGGUCCUGCUGGGCACUGAGCCCAUCUACCAACCCCCUUCAGCCUGGGUGCCAGCUGGGGGGCUGGUGGGGCUGGCACUGCUGGGAGCCCUGUUUACGCUUCGGUGGCCACGGCCAUUCACAGUUCUGGGCACAGCCCUGCUGGGUGCUGCGGUGCUGGUGGCCUGUGCUGACUACUUCCUGGAGGGGCUGGCGCUGGGCAGUCGGCUGGGCCAACGCUUGCAGGCACUUCCAGCCUUGCCUCCUCUCUGCUGGUAUAGCUGGGUCUUGCUGGGGACCUGGCCAGCCCUGGGGGCCCUUGGGGCCCUGGCCCAGUGGAAGCUCAUGGAUGAGGAACAUGGAGGCCACGCCAAUGCAGUGGUCUUGAGUCACCAGCGAAGGCAUCUCCAGCUCCUCCGGAUCCAUCAUCAGGAGGCCAAGUGGCACCGGACCUCCCCUGGGGCGGGGCUCUGUGAAGGCAGCUACCGGCGCCAGCUCCCUGCCAGCGCACGGAACCCUGCCGACAGUCUGGCUCCAAGUUAUUUCCAGAGCCUUCGAGAGCGCCAGCUAGGACCAGGCACCCAGGCUCCCCACACUGUCCUGGACCUGGAUUCUGACUGUGGUUCCACUGUCCCCCUCACUUCACCUUCUGGUUCCUCCCACCCGGACCUGAGCCUAAACCUCCACUGAUGCCCUCACCCUGGGAACAAGGGCCUGGGAACACUAGGUGGGCAGGGCCUGGGCCUGCAGAAUCCACACACAGACUUCCCCGCCUCUUGGACUUGGAGAUGGAAUCUGUGCUCCAACCCAGACCAGCCCUGUAGGGAUAUGUUUCAGGGACAGAUAUAGAGGACUCUGGGUGGGGUAAGGAGAGGAAUGGAAAUAUAAGCACCUACCUCUGUGCAGUGAUAGAGGUGUGCUGGUCCCUAAAGUAACUGACUCCCUCAUUCCCUUCAAACCAAACCAAGGAGGGCCAUUACCCAAGUAGCCUUCUGUAUGCCCACCUCAGUGUGCCUCUCAAUGAUCAGUAAAGGGUAUUGUUUUCAGAGGACCUACCUAUAGAAAAUCAGGAAGGCUCCUAAACCACGUGAUAGCUUUUUGAUGGGGAGAAGGGCACCAGUGGGGCUCUGGGAUCCCUGAUUCCCAGGCCCCUCAUCAGAGAGCAGUUCAGUUCCUGGUUCGCCUUUCUCUCUGGACCUCCAGACUCAAGCCCCCUUCUCCCACCUCAGUUGGGGGUAUCUGUCCUCCAUGGUGCUUCCCUUUCACUUCUCAAUGUGGGGGGACCACAGGGCACUGCCUGGCUCAGCACCCACAGCCCCUCAAAGCUGGCUUCUUGCUCCAAGCAGAGAGCAUUGGCCCACGUGCCAGAAUCUCGCCCUUUUUCCCAAAGGAGCCUGGUCUUCAGGGCUGUGUGGGAGACAAGUGCCUUCUCUGCCUCUCACUAUAGGGGCCACUAAUCUUAACCAGAGCAUCGUCCCAGCCGCUAACCCUUUCUAACUCUCCGCUCCCCUGAUUCACCUGCCCAAAGUCUGUUCCCUGGUUCCUCAGACAGCGUGAAGGAAGAUAUGUCCCUCCCCCAGCAGCAAGGUUACGAUGGGAGGGAAGAGGAACAUGGGAACGUGUGAAUAAAAUGACAUGGAACACUGAA